UUCCUCGAAGUAGAUUUUUGCCGCGUACCGACCAUACAAAAUCGGAAAAUCCUAGUCCCUCCAUUGCCCGCUUGCCUCUACGGCGCCAUCGCUGUCUUUCCAGUGCGGUUCAAAAUCAUGCUUAUCCAGUUACAAACCCUGCCAAAGACUCUAGCUUGGCAUUCUUCUUUGACUCCAAGAGCCUCACCUAAGCCCCUUGAAGCCAAUCCGGCACCCGUUCGCCUCGCCGCCGCACCCAGCACUAACUCCGGCAUCAAAUUCCAGCAAAAGAUUCUCUACCUCCGAGAACUAAGAGUAAAUCCAUUGAAGGCCCUCAAUCAGAACCCAGAUUUACGAUCUGCCCCUCUAGCUUCCCUAAAAUCAGUAGAAAAUUGCCUCUGCUCAAUGGGUAUCCAGCGUUCCGCCCUAGGCCGCAUUCUCGACAUGCACCCCAGUCUCCUCACCUCAGACCCUUACGCCGACAUAUACCCUAUCUUCGAUUUUCUCCUGAAUGAUGUCAGCAUCCCCUUCCCCGAUAUCAGCCUGUCUAUCGUGCGUUGCCCUAGGCUCUUGGUUUCCAGUUUGGAGACCCGAUUGAGACCCACAUUGCGGUUCUUGGAGGAGUUCGGGUUCGCGGGUCCAUAUAAGAUCACUUCCCAGAACUCCAUGCUGCUUGUUUCCAGCGUUGAGCUCACUCUGAAACCUAAAAUUGAAUACUUGAUGGGAUUAGGGUUCACUUACAUUGAGGUUGUGAAUAUGGUUCUUAGGUGUCCUGGACUGUUAACUCUUAGUAUAGAUAAGAAUUAUAUGCCGAAAGUUGAUUACUUUCUGAAGGAAAUGAAUGGAGAUUUGGAGGAGCUGAAGGUCUUUCCUCAAUUCUUUUCGUUUAGUUUGGAGCGUAAAAUAAAGCCACGCCAUAGGCUUUUACUGAAGUACGGAUUCUCACUCUCAUUGGUGGAAAUGUUGAAGGUCAGUGAUGGAGAAUUCUGUGAGAGGGUUUUAGAUAUGAAGUUGCAGCUGGUGGACAACUGACAGUUGUUAUUGUCUGAUGAAGCCUUCUUUAAUCUUUUUGGAUGAUAGUUUGUCUGCAAAGGAUCUUGAGUUCCUCCUUAGUUUUGAUUGUGAUAUGAUUAGUGGAGGGGAGGACUCAGGUGAUACUAGAUCUGUGAAUGGGAUGAAGAAGCUUUAGAUGAAGUGGAGAAUGAAAAUGUUCAAAUUGAUUCUUCAAUUCUCACACCUUCAUUGCGUCCAAAACCUCUUCUCUUCCAUUUUGAGCAUGCUUUUCUAGAUGAGAAUCUUAAAGUCCCUGUUAUUCUUGGAUCAGGCUUGAGCUAUCCCAAGUCAUCCCAAAAAUCAGCAUGUCUUAAUUUACUUAGUGAGCAAGGGAAGCUUUAAACUGUCUGCGCUUCUUUGUUAUGAAGCAAUGGUCAGCACAUGCAAUUUUGGACGCGAUUUUCAUUAUGAGUCAUCCGGAAAUAGUCUCUAUGUGCUUUAGUACAGGGUCAUCCGGAAACAGUCUCUCUGUGCCUUUGCGGCACUGGGGUAAAUGAAAAUGAUGAAAAUGAUGAUGAGCAAAGAGAAACUCUAGCCCGGAAACUUUCUGACAUGAAAGGAAUCAAUGGUUGAGGAGGAGCUCAAUGUGGUGGACAAGUGGAGGCCUAUGGCUUAUGAAAACUCUGAACUCGAUAAAGAGCUCCUCGUUAAACACAGAACCGACAUAUCAAACAAGUUAAGGAGUUUCACGAGGGGGUAAAGUCCUGUCGUUUAACCCCCGACUGAAAAUUUUCAAAGGAAAGUUGAAGCUUAGAUGGUCUAAUCCUUUUGUAGUGAGCCAAGUUUUUUCAUACAGUACUGUUGAAAUUGACCACCCAGAGAAAGGCCGUUUCAAAGUAAAUGACCACCAUCUCAAGAAAGAUGUUAGAGAAUUGGGUUUUGUUGUUGUGUUGGGCAAUCGACAUUAAAAAUAGCGCUUUCGGAGACAACCCGAGCUUCUUUUUGCAUUUUAGACUUAGUAUUUACGUAGUAUUGCUUUAAGAAAACCCUAGAAAAUCACAAAAAUAUAAAGAAUAAGGACUCACCCAUACUUGCACGGUUGCACCCUUAUUAUCAAUUGAAGAAACACACAUGAUCAUGAAAAUAUACAAUAAAAUGAGCUUUUUGUUAUAAAAUGAAAUCUGUCAUGAAAAAAAAUCCUUUUUUGAAACCAAAGUAGUUUAUUGACUACUAAACUGAGUGACAGAAUAUAAACACUAUAAAAAAUGUUAUGGAAAGUGACAUAACUUUUUGGAUUGGAACAACUAAAUUAGGAAAGUUGGCAAUGCAAAUUUUUUAGGGACCGAGAGAAGAUAAUGUGGCAUUAUUACACAUCAUUGCAAGUGUUGAAAAGCGAACUCACAAUUGAUCACAUUGUUGUGUUUAUCAACUUCAGAAAUAUGGUGUUGUUCUUUGCCCCCCCCCAUUCCACAUUAAGGAUGCAAUCACCCUUAUGCCUAUUUUAAUGGGGUUUCCAUUAGAGCAUUCAAAAUGCUUUGUAGUGGUGAAUUUGUUUUCAGUUGUAGUGCAUGUUUUAGCGGUACUGAGCGGUUGAACCUGUUUAGUGUUUACACAGAACUGUACAAACAACUUUUUGUACUAGACUAACGAAGUGGUUUCAUGUCCAGUGAUAAGAGAGGAUUUAACAAUUGGGGAGCAAUGCCCCCUCCAAGGGCAGGGCUAUUGUGAGGCGAGCAGACUGCAAGGAAGCAAGUUAUCGAAGUCAUCAAACCACGGAAAGAGAUUGUUGAAGAGGAAUGUGAUGUGAAUCUCUUGAAGGCCAUGGUAUUGUCUAUCAGAUGUGAUGAGGCCCUAUUUUUCCAUGGUCUAAACUUGAGGGGUUGCAAAUAUGCCCCAAGAUUAUGGUGGCGGAGUCCAAAAGUUGAGUUAUCAAAAAAAGGGGGAAAUCAAAUUUGGAGCAGUUUUUAUUAUAUAGGCAGUCUACCUUUUUUUUUUUUUGCAUCCUGGUGUUAAACCAGAACCCGAACGUUUCUGGUAUAAGCAGUCUACCGUUGGAGCAUGUGUACCCACUUUCUUACUUUGGUCUGCCUAAAUUUUUGUGUCAUACUCCCUCUUAACCAUAGGACUAAGUCAACUUUUUUUUGUUAUCCCAAAAACUAUGUCACUUUCCUUUUAAAAUAACUAAUUUUCUUUUCAUUUCAGUUUCCUCGGUACAAACCUUAAUUAUACAAUUUAUUACUUUUCUGGUUUUUCACCUAAUUUGAAUUUGGUAGAGGUGAUAUUAUAGUUUUUUUAAUCCAUCAGAAAAGAAUAUUAUAGUUGGUUGUAUUUGUUAUUCAAAGCCAUUCAUAUGUCAGUUGACAAUUUUCUUUAGAGAUAAGUAUUAUAAGCUACAGGAAUAUACAUAUGCUCAUAUUGAAUCCUAUUACGUGACAAAAUAAAAUUUAGAAUAUGCAUGGACCCGUGCCGGGCCUAGGCCCGGUAGGGCUUUUGAGGAAUGGGGGAAGACCCGGAACCGGCCCGGGCCUCGGGCUACUUAGUUUUUU